GAAAACUUUUGCCUCAGCUGCUUUCACGCAGGAUUGUUUUCAGAUUGAUUUGAAUUAAAAGCAGUAAAAGAGAUAAAAUGCCGUCUCAUAUCAUGCUCUCUUACCAGUGGGACGACCAGGCUCUGGUGAAGAAGAUCUACAACCGCCUCAGAGAUGAUGGGCUGCCGGUGUGGAUGGACAUACAGGGAGGGGUGACAGGGAACAUCAAUGAUGCGAUGGCUGCAGGAGUGGAGGAGGCCGUAGUGAUUUGUCCCUUCAUGACCCCGGAGUACCAGGCGUCCCGCAGCUGCAAGAAGGAGCUCAACUACGCAGAAACCAGGGAGGUCAUCAUGGUGCCCGUCAUGCUCGCCAAGAACUGGGAGGCCAGUGAGUGGCUGGGGCUGAUCACUGCAGGUCUGCUGUGGGUGGACUUCAGAAAUGCAGAAAAGGAUGAGGAGCACUUUGAGAUGUGUCUCAGAUCUCUGGAGGAGGAGAUCAUGUUUAACGCCGGUCACCUCCUGGCCGUGGAGGAAGCUCUUAGAGAGGAGGAUGAACCAGAGUCGUUGAAACCCUGUCUGAAAAAGAAACCAGGCCGAGGCUUCCGUCACGCCCUCUCCAAGCUCUACAUCCACGACUCAGGCGAGCAGAUGAUCCACCCGACCGCUGAGAGCAGAAACACAGUGGAGCUGAGUGAGACUGCAGGAGAUCACUGCUACUGGGAGGAGAAGAAGGGUAACGGCUGUAAAUACUACAGGAAUGUCGUCACCAACAGAUUCCUCGGUGAGUAGAGAAAUU